CGGGGCACCGAGGGACGCAGUUGCAACCAUGGCUGCUCCGUCUGGGGUCCCGCCGCUGCGGGUGCUGGAGGCGCUGGGCAUUGGCUUGUCACCCACCGGCGAGGUGUCAGAGGCGGUGACCUCCGAGGGCGCCUACUACCUGGAGCAGGUCACCAUCACCGAAACAUCGGACGAUGAAUGCGAAUAUGAAGAGAUACCAGAUGACAAUUUCAGCAUUCCGGAAGGAGAAGAAGAUCUGGAGAAAGCAAUUCGCAUUAUUGGAGAGCAAGCCAGGGACAUCCAUAUCUUGGAACAACAGACCAUUCUUCCUUCAAGGAAUGUAAUGCAAGAAGCCAUAGAAGAUUUUCUCUGCAAUUUCCUGAUCAAAAUGGGGAUGACCAGAACUCUGGACUGCUUCCAGACCGAGUGGUAUGAGUUAAUACAGAAGAAAGGAAGUGACUUUAAAGGGCUGGGUAAUGUUCCAGACGUCUACAGCCAGGUGAUGCUUUUAGAGACUGAGAACAAAAACUUGAAGAAAGAACUGAAGCACUUCAAACAGGCAGCCGAAAAGGCCAAAGAAGAUCUACUGAGAACUCAGAAGGAACGGGACUUCCAUCGCAUGCAUCAUAAGCGCAUAGUACAAGAGAAGAACAAGCUCAUUGCUGACCUCAAAGGGCUGAAAUUGCAUUAUGCAUCAUAUGAACCAACUAUAAGGGUGUUACAUGAGAAGCAUCGUGCUUUACUGAAGGAGAAAAUGCUGACCUCUUUGGAAAGAGAUCGAGCUGUUGGGAAGAUUUCUGGGCUUCAAGCAACACUGAAGAACAUAGACAUAGGACAUAUUCAGGUCCCUGUAAUCAAAGGAUCUUAUGAGAGUGCUUCUAUCACAAGAGAGUCAGCAGACAAAGCUGGUCACAGUAGUGAGAAAGAAAACAGUUCGGAAGACCCUACUCAGAAAAGUCUUAAUGAAGUCAGGGAAGAUGAUGGAUAUAAAACAAAGAUAAGGAAUGAGAAAAAGCCAUCUUCAACAGAGUCCAAGAGGGUCCAACCAAAUCCAACAGAGUCUCAUGUGGUCAGUACACGAUCAUCAUCACUCUACCCAACUCCAUCCUUCCAUCAGCAGGAGUUGAGAAGGAACACUCCAACUUGGAAUAAGAUCACACCUCAACAAGGCUCCAUUAACAAAAGACAGCAAUGUACAGGGACACUCAGAAAAAGACCACCGAGGACCUCUUGUUUCCAUCAGCAAGAGUCAAAUGGAAGAUUCUGAGCAAUACAUCUUCCUAGCUUUCCCUCCCUUCAUGUGUCUUUUAUCAUUACCCAGACUCUUAUUCCUUGUUCUUUUUGGACUCCUGAAGGAGUCCAAGAUUCCCAGAUUAACAUUUACUUUUAGAAUCUUGAUCUCACCAUUUUGCUUUUUCUGACCCAAUCUCUCUUUCUUUAUCUUCUGAAACUAUUUGUACUCAGUAGACUCAAGGUCAUUUUUUUCUUUUUUUUUAAAUAUUUAUUUUUUAUUAGAUAUUUUAUUUCAAAUUUUAUCCCCUUUCCUCAUUUCCCCUCCCUCUGUUCACUAACCCACCCACUCCCACUUCCCUGUCCUGGCAUUCCUCUACACUGGGCACCUUCACUAGACCAAGGACCUCUCCUCUCAUUGAUAUCCAACAGGGCCAUCCUCUGCUAUAUAUGCAGCUCAAGCCUUGAGUCCCUUCUUGUGUACUCUUUGGUAGGUGAUUUAUUCUGUGGGAGCUCGGGGUGGGGGGGUACUGGUUGGUUCAUAUUGUUGUAUUUCCUAUGGGGCUGCCAACCCCUUUAGCCUUUCUUUAGAUUUUCUGCCAUGCACUUCAUGACUUAAUAUUCUCAUGGAUAAUUGUUCCAACACUCUGGACUUUGCACAUUUUGACAUAUGUCCCUAAUGACCCCACUUCAUUCUUCUCAGCCACUCAUUCUCACAGCCAUUUCUUAGACCUUGUUGCUGUUCACAAAUUACUCUUAUUUUCAUUUACUGUUUGUGCCUUACCUCCUGAACCCUGAAGGUAGACAAGUAUUCCAUUUUUUAUAUGUCUUUGUCAUACCAUAUGUGUGGUGGGACUUUUGAGUUUUACCAACAAAUUCAUGACUGUAAUGAUCCCAGGACAUCAUGGGGGAUCAUUUCUCUCUGAGUUCUGAUUUUAAGUACCCAACAGUCCACUUGACAGCUGACCAGAUACUGAUUUCCUGACACAGUUGUCUUUCUUUACUUUUUCCCACUUGUUAAUAGGCAUGCCACCCUUCCUGUUCCUCAGGCAAAACCCCUUGGCAGUCAUCCUUGAGAUCCCGUGAUAUGUCUGUCUGUCUGUCCUCACAUUUGAUAUGAAAAAUUAUUUUGUUAUAUUUUUGAAAAUGAUUUUUCACCUUUUUGUAAGACCAGCACUGUUUGCCUUCCUGCCUCCUCUCUCAUCUCCAGCCCUGACAAUUCCUUGUGAAUGUGUCCUUCUUCUGAAACUAAGAUUAUUGUAGACACCUCCUCACUAGUCUCUGCUUUUGUUUUUAUAGUCCUGUGAAUGCAGUAGCUAGAGCCAUCAUUUUAAAAGGCAUCAACCCUGAUCAUUUCUUUGCUGAGGUCUUUUUGGUGGCCUCCUAGCUUAUUCUUAGUCACAGGGAAUCCCAGACAUCAUGACUUCCAAGGCUCUGUGUGUUGUCACCCUUUACCUCCCUUCUCUUUUCUCUUGCUCCAUAUUGUAUCCACAGCCUAGCCUUCCAUGACCUUCUAUGACACUGUCUUAUGACAUUGACAUUUGGAGCUCCCACUGUUUGGGUUGUUCCAUCACUCCUGGUCCAGGCAACAUUGGAAUGCUCUUGCUUAUUCCUCCACAUGUCUUGUGCCUCUUUCCUACUCUAUAUUACCCUUAAGUGCCCUCACGUGUGUUUCUACAUGAGACAUUGUUCUGAUCAAUUUGUUCAUCAUGAUUUUUUGUCACUGAAAUAUCAGCCCCACGAUAGCAGGAUUGUGGAAGCUUUUUAUCCAGUGCUGUGAUGUUUCCAGUCUUAUAUCUAGAAAAUAGAUGUCACAGGUUUAAAUAAAAAUGUGUUCUGAGAAAGUAAUAUAAAACGUUUGCACGGAUUUAUCUGAAAUAAUUGCCUUGUUAAGCUUUUCUUUCAUAUAGUUUGUAGGUAUGGUGGAAUUUCUCUAGUUAGUAAUUAUAUCACCCAUGAAUGAUGAUGAUUAUGAUUUCCCUCAUCGGAAACUGAAGCGUUUGGUUUUACUUCUGGUUGUGUAUUGCUUAGAGCCUCCAGGAGGUCAUUAUGGAUGUGCUCAGAGCAGGCAUUCUUGCAUUGCUCAUGCAAAGGAAAAGCUUCUGGCACUGGAACACGAAGAAUGACAUUUUCUGGUUUUGGUAUCUAAAAUUUAUUAUGUUUGUAUUUCAUCCUAAAUGCUUAACUUUGAAAUAAUACAUUGGGGGCAAGUUGUAAACCAUGUUUAAGUGUUAAGAUUUUAUUUUAUCAUGAAUAUUGUAUCUUCUGGUUGUGAGAUGAUUUUUGCCAUUAAUUUUUCAGUGUGUAAAAGCCAUUUUAGAUUUUCAAAAUAAACAUUCUUGUUUUUUCAUUUCUAGAGUAAA